UGAGGUUAAUUUUUGUUGGCUUCUUUUUUGAAUUUUUGUUAAUUCAAACUGUUUCUUUUUUCGAGGCACUUCUCAGUUCUUCUAACUCCUAAAUUUUUUUAGUAAACAUGUCCGGUCAGUGGGAAGUUGUGAAAGGGAAAAAUGAACGUCGUAGCAAGGUUCCUGUACCAAAAAUUGCUGUUAAACAGUCUGAAAACAAGUCCAAAAAACCGAACAUUUUGAAUGGAGUUAAAAUCGAAGAAGUUUUAUCAAAAACGCAAGUCCAAAAUCUCUAUUCAGGAAACAAAGAAAACAAACUACAAGAAAAAACCACUAAAGCAAAUGAUGUCAAGAAACCUGAGAAAAAGGCAAACAAAGCUCCUUCGGAACCGCAAAAACCUAAACCACCAAAGUCAAUUGAAGCUGCACUAUUAGCUAUAAAUCCUGAUGAGUUUAGCUUGAUCUAUGAGCGUUCAAAGAUCGCCUUUUCGGAUGCACCUAUUGUUUGGCUAAAAGAACUAACCCAGUUUUUGAACCAAAAAAUACCAUUGGAAAUUCAAGAUCCAGUUUUCUCCUCCAAGCCUUUUGGAUAUCCAUUGAAUGUGGUGCCAUCAAACAUAAAAGUUACCAUAGAAAAAGCAGUAAGAGAAGCAGGAAAAGGCAACGCUCAAUUAUACUUUGAUAUUGCAUUGACUUCAUUAGUAACCGACUUAAGCAAGGGAUUACCAGCUGUAGGAUAUCGUUUUUUCUUGCAAUAUAUUGCCUUAAAUGAGCCAAAGCUAGUUAUUGAAAAUCUUGGAAAACACAUUUCACUUAGGAAUUCAUAUCAAAACCGAGCCAAUGUUGCCUUAUCUGUGUUGUGGGCUGUUGGACAUGUGAGUGUUAAUGAUUUACAGUCAGGAUUAAAAGUUUUUGAAGAUUUAAUGCUGCCAUUGCUAGAUAUGAAGAGUUACUCUAAAUACAUAGUUAAAUAUCUAAUAGAGCUAACAAGUCAAGAACAUGAAUCCCCUUUGACAAGGGACCAAUACCUCUUGAUUUUGGACACGACUUUUUCCAGUAAGAAAAACUUUCCAUCAGAACUUCAAAAGGAUUUGAUAGGAAAUUUGCCAAAAUUGAAAAGCCUAUUGUUUAGUAAUAAGGAGAAAUUUAAUAAUUCGGUGGAACUGUUUCUUAAAAAAAUCGCAGCCACCACAAACAUACAAUAUCAAAAUUGUCUUUGUGAUAUACUUGUGGAAAUAUUUACUAAGGACCAAUCUACUCUAACUUCCUGGAAUAAAGUUUAUUCUAAAAACCUGCUGGCUAGUGCCCUGUUACUUAGAUUUAUAAGUAAAACUGAUAUUAAAUCUAAUCUUAGAAAAUCGUUGAAAGAUUUGAUGCUGAAUUUUUCUACCACUAAUGAAGAAUUAUUAUUGAAAAGACGUAAAGGUGAUGGACUGAGAGAAGCUAUUGCUGCUAUAAAGGCAGCCCAAGAACAAGAACAGGCACCCAGUAAAAACACCGGUGUCUUUCGAAAGCUAUUAUCCAGCUUAAUAUUCGUGCUAUUCAUAGCAAUACUGACAGAACCUUUCUAUAGGUUAAACAAACCGAGGGAUGAUCUGUACUUGUUCCGUUUCGGAAGCAAAAUCGGCCAAGCUGGAAUUUGGUUAGACUCAAAAUUGGACGAAAGCGUUCCAAAACCGUAUUAUACGCAAACCAAGGAAGUAGUUCAGCCCUACGGCGCUUUAGCUGGCGAUUUGUUGAAGGUGGCGAUUAAUGUGCACGAUCACGCCAGAAGUGCAGUUUCGGGUUUUGUUGAUGAAAAAUAUCCUUUGGUCGUUGCAUCGAUUGACAACUAUGCCCCAGGAUUUAUUGACAAUGCACAAGGGCUUUUCAAAGACACAUUUGCCAAAAGCAUAAACUAUUACCACACUAGUGUCAACUAUUUACAAAAGGAGGUGUUUGUAGGUCAACUGUCACCUGAAAACAUUCAACGAGUAGUUGUAGGAGCUUACAACACAACUUCAGAGAAAGCCAUCGAAUACUACCAUUGGGUGUACCAAAAAGUUCAGACUAGCAUCAAAUAACUUGUUGGUUAAUUUUUUAGGUUUUUUCUAAUUUCUUUAUUCUGUUUUCUAUUAUUUCUAUUUAUAAUAUGAAUAUACAGUGUUUUAUUCGGAUUAUUCUUGGAUAUUGUGUGAAAUUAAACUGCAUUUUUUUACUGUAAGAAAAUAAUAAUUUAUUUCCGUUUAUUUUAGGAACGCAUGCAUAUUGUUAUUGAAAGUAAUACAUUAUGUUGUUGAAUUAAACUUUUUUAUUACACUUUGUUUUAGUUUUUGUUGAAAAAUAACUUUUUGGUGUUUUCAA